AUGUAUAUUGUUUUAAUAUUUUAAUUGGCAUUAGCAGAAUUAUUUACAAUAAAAAAAGAUGAGUUAAAAACCUUAUUUGCCUUGCCUAUAAAUGGAUAGGAUUUCUAGUUAUAAACAAGCAAUGAUGAAUGGAAUAUAUGCCAAGUACAAGACUAUUAAUUAAAUUUACAAUAUACUUAAUAUGAUAAUAGCAGCAAAAAUAACUUAGCUAUGUUAUCAAUCUCCUAACAUUCCAUUUUAGUAUUGACUGAUGAUCGAUAUAUAAACUAUUUUCAAGAUCAAAUCCUAUUUUGGCAAUAUGAGAUUCCUUCCAAUAUAGACAUCUAAAAUGUAUCAAUGAGAUAUUGUCAUGUAACAUACCUAGUAUAUCUAAUAUCAAAUUAUGUUUAUCGAUUCAACCCUUAUGAUAAGAAUUCCUAAGAAUUCGAAAUGUUCCUAGAUUAUUAACCUUAAUAAAUAGAAAUAUGUGAUUAAUUCAUAUUUGUACUAAAUUAAGGAUAAAUAACUAUUUACAACAAUAGUAAUUUGGUUUACUAAUUUUAGAUAGACAAUUCAAUAAACAUUUCUAAAUUUACUGUCAUUAAUAAUAACCAAAGUGGUUAUAACAUAUAUAUUUUGGAUUAAUAAACAGGAUUAUUAAAAGUAGAAUGGAAUUAAUCAACUCACAAUCUAAAUUAGCUUGAUUUAAUAUAAAAUGGGGUAACUUUGGGUAUCUGGAAUGAAAACAAUAUAUUUGUAGCAUACAAAAGAUAAUAUAAAUAUAUUAUAGCUCAAUAUUAAAUCAUUGAUUCGCAAUUACAAAUUGUUCGGAAAUUACAAAGCAAGAAAAAAGUUUAAAAAAUUAUUGCUUUCAAGGAUUAUACUUUAUUUGUCACAAAUAAUAAAAUAGAUCUACUUUAUGAAAAUAAAAUUUAUAAGAUCUUAAAAUUUGGAAUCAAAGAUAUUUCUAUGAUUGGUACCAAAAUAAUAGGAAUAAGUACAUUUGAUAUCUUUUAAUAUCAAUUUGAACCGAUUCCUAAUUAUGUUUAAUGUUUUUAUCAUUUAGAUGAAGAGAUUCCAUAUUAAUUAGAUUACUCAUUAACUUUUAAUGAAAUCAAUAAAACAAUUCAUAAGAAAAAGAUCGAGUUUUAAGUAGAAUUAUUGAUUCAUAAAUCUAAUUAAAUGAAAAUAGUUCUAGGAUUCAUUGUUUGUGGAAUCAUUUUAAUAUUGAUAUUAUUAUAUUCUUUACUAAUCCUGAAGUAGAAAAAUCUAUAAAUAAAUGAGAUGGAAACCAGUCUUAAAAAAUUUAAAGUAAAGCAAAUUCCACUCUUUAAAAGUUUAGAAUGUGUGAUAAGUCCUAAGGGAUAACACUCAAAACUUUAAAGUUUCGAUCAAACAUCAAAUUUUGAUUUAAAUAAGUAGAGAAAUUGA